CUCAUUUUCCUUUCGGUGUCGGAGAAACGCUCUCAUGCCUUACUACCCGCAACAAGUUUGCUCUCGUCGGGAAUCAAACAACAACAACGGCUUAGACGAAGUGGGGCAGCCCUUUCAACAACACUCCAUGCAACAACACAUAGCACCCGGGAGACCGCCCAAACGGGCCAGCGUGGGGCUCACCAUCGCCGCCUCGCACUUGGGCCAGCACCCGCACCAGCAGCUGAAGAAGCACCGCCUCGACAACGGCGAGUACCCGGGCUACGAGAACGGCCACAUGGGAGAUCCUCCGCGCCUGGAAAAGUCCCCGCUGCUGGCCAACGGCUACAACCACCCGCCCACGCACCUCAACCACAUGCAGUUCAUGCAGCUGAACCACCACCCCGCGGCCGCGCACACCGCCAUCCUGUCGCCGGCAGGCCUGCCGCACCCCGGGCU